AAAAAAGUAACACUGGCGCGGCACAGUUGUAGGAUUGCGACAAAAUGGCUCAGCAGAAAAAAAAUAGCUUCUUCUCAUGGACGGACGACGAAGUGGAAUUAUUACUACGGGUCACUCUUGACUAUAAAACCCAGAAAGCUCUGGAGAACAUUGACUGGGAUUCCUGUGUCACUAAAUAUGGGGACAUUCUCCAAAGAUUCAUAACGGAGUAUCCAUUUGCGACCGCCCGACAUGACAAGGAUUUCCCUCACAAGGUGGAAGAAAUCACCAAAGCAGCCCUGACGACAAAGCUGAAGGCCAUCCGGAGCAAAUACAGACUAGCAGUGGAUUCCGGGAGAAAAAGUGGGCAUGGAAGAGUCGUGCUUUUGUACUUUGAUGCUUGUGAGAAGAUAUGGGGCGGAUCUCCAGCCACAACCACUCUAAACUCUGGUGUGGAGACGAGUGACUUGGCGGACCAGGAUAUUCCUGAUUCCGUGGUAAACAGUUCUUCACCUGCCGAGAGCCGAGAAGAUCCCGAGGAGGAGGAGGGGGUCUCUGCUCGUCGAGACAGGCUUACAGCAUAUCUGUCGACCCACCGUUAUGAGAAGCUCAAACGAAAACUUCCAUUUGAAGAACAAGCCAACGCAAUUGCAAGGGAGGAGUUGCAGCUCAAAAGGCAGGUGAUGCAGCGAAUGGAGGAAACCGAAAAGGAGUUUUCUGACAACAUGUCAAGAUUAACAGGAAGUGUGGAGAGGCUCACAAAUUCCAUUGCAGAGGGCUUUGCCAUGAUGCGCCAGUCGAUGUUCCAGCAGCCUCCAUCUCAUUAUCCCCUCUACCACCAGAUGAACAGCCAGCCCUAUGGACAUCCCCCCCCACAUACACCAAACCCUACUCCCAACCCUUCCACUUCACAACACAACUCUUACUCUCAGUACUAUGAAGAGUGACAGCACAUGUAGCCUAAUGAAUCAGCUUAUGUGAAUAAUCAGUUCCUGUGUUCAUGUGUUUGGAAAUGUAGGCCUAGGCCUACCCUUUAGGCCUAAUCGUUUUUUAAAUUAAUGUUAUUGAAUAUAUUUUGAGAUGUGAAUACUUUUUAUGAAUGUUUUUGAAUACAUUUGA